AACACUGCCGAACGCCCAGUCUCCGCGAGCCACCAAAACCUGUGCUCCAAAAAACAAAAAAAUUAAGGCGUGUUCGAAAAUCAAAUUCAAAUCACAAAAAUAACAAUGGCCGCCGACCCUCUCUCGCAAUGUAGUGCCGCGUGAUAACCGGACAGUAUGCUGCCCCUCUUCGCAGGGACCUAAGGCAGUUGCGAAUUCGUUGUUGUGUGUAUUGCAUUGUAUGUGAGGAGUGUGUGACGAAGGUGUACCUAAUUGAUUUUAUUCAGCCUACCGAUGACCCUAUGGGACCAACCUCCACCCGAAUAAAAGACAGCGACUUAUACAAUAAAACCCUAAUUUAUAAUCACCCCCCAAAACCCCACGUUAAGUAACCUAGCUAGCCCCUCCCUAUUCAAAUUCCUAGUUAGAAGCCGAGUGAAGUGACGAGAAGCGAAGCCAAGUGAAGUGACGAGAAGCGAAGCGAAGUGAAGUGAAGUGACUUGGUGCUGCAAGUGUAAGCGCAUGGAAGUGCGACAAGGCUCGAUUGUUCGGUCGAUCGGUGACUUGUAUAGGACAAGAUGAGUGCAGUGGAGACCCCGGCCGCGGAACCGACGCCGCCCGCGCCGGCGGGGCCCGCCGAGACCCCCACGGGGGCCGACGGCACGGGGCCCCUGAUCCCGGUGCCCCCGGCGCCCCGGAAGCCCCCGCGGCGGGGCCCUAAAGUCCAGCAGGAGCGGCCGAAGAGAGCGAUCUUCUGUUUGACGUUGAAGAAUCCGCUGAGGAAAGUGUGCAUCGAUAUCGUGGAGUGGAAACCGUUCGAGUGGAUGAUCCUGACAACGAUCUUCGCGAACUGCAUCGCGCUGGCGGUCUACACGCCCUACCCGGCCAGCGACUCCAAUUACACCAACUCUGUCCUCGAAAAGAUAGAAUACGUGUUCCUAGUGAUAUUCACGGGGGAGUGCGUGAUGAAGAUCAUCGCGUACGGCUUCAUCAUGCACCAGGGCUCGUACCUGCGGAACGGCUGGAACUUGCUCGACUUCACCAUAGUGGUCAUUGGUAUGGUGAGCACGGUGUUGUCGAGCAUAUUCAAGGACGCCUUCGACGUGAAAGCCCUGCGAGCGUUCAGAGUCCUCAGGCCUUUGCGGCUCGUGUCCGGAGUGCCCAGUCUACAGAUCGUGUUGAACUCCAUCCUGAAGGCCAUGGUGCCGUUGCUGCACAUCGCUCUGCUGGUCAUAUUCGUCAUCAUCAUCUACGCCAUCAUCGGCCUAGAGCUGUUCUCGGGGAAGAUGCACAAGAGCUGUUAUAAUAGGUUCACAGAUCAAAUCAUGGAUACGCCUCACCCUUGCGACUUGGACAACGGGUUCAACUGCUCCACCAUCGGCGAGGACAUGGAGUGCCGUGAGGGCUGGAUCGGGCCCAACUUUGGGAUCACCAACUUUGAUAACUUCGGCCUCUCCAUGCUUACCGUCUUCCAGUGCAUCACGCUUGAAGGCUGGACCGAUGUUAUGUACCAUAUACAAGAUGCGAUGGGAAACAGCUGGGAGUGGAUAUACUUCGUGUCAAUGGUCAUUUUGGGAGCUUUUUUUGUUAUGAACCUAAUUCUCGGUGUGUUAUCUGGAGAGUUUUCCAAAGAAAGAGAAAAAGCAAAAAACAGAGGAGACUUUCAGAAGUUAAGAGAAAAGCAGCAAUUAGAAGAAGAUCUGAAGGGCUAUCUUGACUGGAUCACACAGGCAGAGUAUUUAGAACCGUUGGCAGAUCAACACGACGUAGUGGAUCAGAAAAGAGAUUAUGGAAUAGGACCAGCGCUAAAUGAACACGACUCCACAGAUCAUUUAGGUAUUGAAACUAAUGAGCAGCAGAAAGUGUCCAUAACGAAACUAUGGAAAAAAGAUUUUGAUAAAGUAAACCGUAGAAUGAAAAGAGCGUGUAGAAGAGCCGUGAAAUCACAAACAUUCUACUGGCUUAUCAUAGUGCUAGUAUUCAUGAACACAGUGGUCUUAGCCAGUGAACAUUAUAAGCAACCAGAAUGGCUGGACCUAUUUCAAGAGUACGGCAACGCGUUCUUCGUAGCACUUUUUACUUUAGAGAUGCUUGUAAAAAUGUACAGUUUAGGAUUACAGGGCUACUUCGUGUCAUUGUUCAACCGGUUCGACUGCUUCGUCGUGAUCGGCUCCAUCAGCGAGAUGGUGCUGACGAAGACCGAGGUGAUGCCGCCGCUCGGCAUCUCUGUGUUGAGAUGCGUCAGGCUUCUAAGAGUGUUUAAGGUCACCAGAUACUGGCGCUCUCUCUCCAACCUGGUGGCGUCUCUGCUCAACUCCAUCCAGUCCAUCGCGUCCCUGCUGCUGCUUCUCUUCCUCUUCAUCAUGAUCUUCGCGUUGCUAGGCAUGCAGGUCUUCGGGGGCAAGUUCAACUACGACCCUGUGGAGGAGAAGGACAGGCACAACUUCGACUGCUUCUGGCAGGCAUUGCUGACUGUUUUUCAGAUCUUGACAGGUGAAGACUGGAAUGCUGUAAUGUACGAGGGCAUCAAGGCGUACGGUGGGGUGGGCUCCUUCGGCAUCCUGGCCUGCAUAUACUUUAUCAUCCUCUUCAUUUGCGGCAACUAUAUUCUACUGAACGUGUUCUUGGCUAUCGCUGUAGAUAACUUGGCCGAUGCCGAAUCAUUAACCAACAUCGAAAAGGAAGAAGGAGCUGCGGAAGAAAAAGAAGGAGGCAGCGUGGUAGAACCUGAGGGUGUGCAUAUAGACACUGAUGACGAGUACAUACAUGAUGAUGAUGCGUAUACUACAGAUAACUCCGAAAGAGAAUACGAAGAAACAGGCUCAGAAGGGGAGCAUCAAGAGGAAAUAGAUGGCGAAGGAGAAAUGGAGAUGGGCGAAGAAGAAAACGGUAUCGAUAGAAUAGAGGAGGAACAGGAGAGAGGUGAAGACCAAGAGAUGAUGGAGAGCCAUCAAAGAAAUCACAUUGUGAACACAGACAUGGAUGAAGAGCCGCGUCUGAAACGAAAGCCGACGACGUCGUCGGCUCGGCCGCGGCGCCUGUCGGAGGUCGAUAUUCACGACACAAAGAAACCCAUCCCUGAGGCAUCGUCAUUCUUCAUAUUUUCCAAAACGAACAGGUUCCGCGUGUACUGCUACAAGAUGUCGGCAUCUUCCACCUUCGGGAACAUCAUCCUGGUCUGCAUCAUGCUGUCGUCGGCCAUGUUGGCGGCUGAGGAUCCACUUGAUGCAGCACAAAAGGGGUUUAGGAAUUGGCUGUUGAGCCAGUUCGACGUGUUCUUCACCGGCAUCUUCACGCUGGAGCUGUUCCUCAAGCUGAUCACGUACGGCCUGAUCCUGCACGAGGGCGCCUUCCUGAGAUCUGCCUUCAACGUCCUCGACAUGCUCGUUGUUUGCGUCUCUCUCAUCUCUAUGAGUUUUAAGUCUGGUAGUAUUUCAGUGGUGAAAAUAUUGCGAGUGUUCAGGGUGCUGAGGCCUCUUAGGGCCAUCAAUAGGGCUAAGGGCCUUAAGCACGUUGUUCAGUGCGUGAUCGUUGCAAUCAAAACGAUCGGGAACAUUUUGUUGGUAACAUCAUUGCUACAAUUCAUGUUUGCCGUCAUGGGAGUCCAAAUGUUCAAGGGUAAAUUUUUUAGGUGUAAUGAUAUUUCUAAAAUGACAGAAGAAGAGUGUCAGGGGACUUAUUUAGUAUUUGAGAAUCGUAAUUAUGUAGUGAGAGAUAGAGAAUGGACUAGGUAUGACUUCCAUUUUGAUAAUGUCAUGAAAGGUAUGCUCACUCUGUUCACUGUGUCCACGUUUGAAGGGUGGCCUGGGUUGUUGUAUGUAUCUAUAGAUUCGAAUGCUGAGGAUCGUGGUCCCAUUACUAACUUCCGUCCAAUUGUUGCAGCCUACUAUAUUAUUUAUAUUAUUAUAAUUGCCUUCUUUAUGGUAAAUAUAUUCGUCGGUUUCGUCAUAGUGACAUUCCAAAACGAGGGUGAACAAGAGUAUAAAAAUUGUGAGUUAGAUAAGAAUCAAAGAAACUGCAUUGAAUUUGCUUUGAAAGCAAAACCUAUAAGAAGGUAUAUACCCAAACAUCGCAUUCAGUACAAAGUGUGGUGGUUCGUGACGUCACAGCCAUUUGAGUACGCGAUAUUCGUGUUGAUCAUGAUCAACACCAUCACACUCGCCAUGAAAUACCACAACCAGCCUCCAGAGUACAGCAAGGCUCUCGACUUGCUCAACAUGAUAUUUACAGCUGUGUUUGCCUUGGAAUUUAUAUUUAAAUUGGCUGCCUUUAGAUUUAAGAACUACUUUGGGGACGCAUGGAACACUUUCGACUUCAUCAUCGUAUUAGGUAGCAUCAUCGACAUCGUUGUGUCUCAAGUAAACGAACUCAAGAACCAGGGAAGUGGUAUGCCAAGGGCACACGUCGUCAAGGAAAGCUCGAUUCCAUCCAUCAAUUUCUUCCGACUGUUUCGUGUGAUGAGGCUGGUGAAGCUCUUGUCUAGAGGAGAAGGCAUCAGGACCCUGCUCUGGACCUUCAUCAAGUCCUUCCAAGCAUUGCCUUACGUAGCUUUGCUCAUCUUGAUGCUGUUCUUCAUUUAUGCUGUAGUAGGCAUGCAGGUGUUUGGAAAAAUAGCAAUAGAUGAUGACACACCCAUCACAAGGAACAACCACUUCCAAACAUUUCCUCAAGCUAUCCUUGUACUCUUUCGCUCUGCAACUGGAGAAGCAUGGCAGGAUAUCAUGAUGGGUGUGUCACCAGAACCUGAAGUGAAGUGUGAUAAGAACUACGAUGAGGAGGGAGAGGAGGGCGGCGGGACGUGUGGAAGUGUACUUGCCUUUCCAUACUUCAUAUCGUUUUAUGUUCUUUGUUCGUUUUUGAUUAUUAAUUUAUUCGUCGCCGUCAUUAUGGAUAAUUUUGACUAUUUAACCAGAGACUGGUCAAUAUUGGGACCACACCACUUAGAUGAAUUUAUAAGAUUAUGGAGUGAAUACGAUCCCGACGCAAAGGGUAGAAUAAAACAUUUAGAUGUAGUUACGUUAUUAAGGAAAAUUAGUCCACCUUUAGGUUUCGGUAAGCUGUGUCCACAUAGGGUGGCGUGCAAAAGACUCGUGUCUAUGAACAUGCCAUUAAAUUCAGAUGGCACAGUGUUAUUCAACGCGACGUUAUUUGCUGUUGUCAGAACGUCGCUUAAAAUAAAGACAGAAGGUAACAUAGAUGACUGUAAUACAGAAUUAAGGGCAGUAAUAAAGAAAAUAUGGAAACGGACGUCACCCAAACUAUUAGAUCAGGUAGUACCGCCUCCUGGAGACCCCAACGAGAUCACAGUGGGCAAGUUUUACGCCACGUUCCUGAUACAAGACUACUUCAGAAGGAAUCACGCGUUUAAGAAGAGAAAGGAGCAAGAGAUGAGGCAGAAUGACGAGCAAACCCACCAGAUGACGCUGCAAGCUGGUCUUCGAACUCUUCACGAAGCAGGGCCAGAACUCAAGAGAGCUAUUUCAGGAAAUUUGGAUGAUAUCCAGACAGAAUGUGAUGUGCCCAUGCAUAGAAGAAAUCACUCACUAUUUGGAGGCGUUUGGUCAAGUAUACGAAGACAUGGUCCGAACAGGCAUUUCCACAGGCACCGGAAACAUGGAGAACCUCCAGCAGAUGGUGUUGGCAAUCAUUUAAGUUCAAUGAUGCAACGGGAGUACGGAAUGGGACCUAUACCACUCGCGCCGAAUCUUGCCAACGGACAACCGAAAGAGCAAAUACCACUAAGACCUCUAAUAUUCAACGGGGAAUCAGAAAAGAUAUACCAAGUGCUAGAAAGAACCACAAACGAUCUAAAGAACGCUAUAUACUCAGGCGGAGAUAGCUCGGGCCGAGGUGUGGUCUCGCUUCCGGGCAGCCCGAGGGGGAUCAACAGCUCAUCAGUACCCGUUGUUGGAUCUGCCGAAAGCUUAGUUACUAGGGUACUAGCCGAACAGGGCUUAGGAGCGUAUUGUGAUGCUGAAUUUGUAAGGAACACAUCUAGGGAAAUGCAAGAGGCUCUUGAAAUGACGCAAGAACAGAUGGAUAGAGCGGCGCACCAACUGAUGAUACAAGAAAAGAAUAUUAAACAAGUUCAAAACCAACAACCACAAGUUGGUACGAUUUGGGUUAUAGGGCGACAUCCUAGCCCGCCAGUACCAUCCUUUCCACCAGCCCGCGACGAUGCCGCCGCCGCCCUACAAGCGGUUAUAGCACCAGCUGACCACGAGCUGGACCACGCCGCGCUGCUCGACGCGCAAGAUGGGGCACGCGUAUGCAGGCACGGCCGGCGGCACCACAGGCGGAAAAGAAAACGAAAACCAGUGCUGGUUUAGAUGUAACCUCUUAAAAACUAGCGUAAACGUUUCUUAUUUAUGAAUACUUCGUAAUGCUCUACAUUCGAGACUUGAUUGGUAAUGCUCAAAAUUUCUUCAACUUUCUUUCUCUUUAUUCUAAUUCAAUGACCAGGAGGAUCAACUUUAGAAUAUAUUUAAAUAAUUUUUAAAAGGAUUUUCUAGUAAACUGUGUGUAACAGUAAAAGUGAGAUUUAUAGUUCAAUAGGGUAAUUUAAAAUUGGUAAACAAUUAGGGCCAAGAUAGAUUGUAAUGUCAGUCGGCUAGGCUAGACGAAGGUAAGUUUCAAUAGAACUAAAACUUGGCCCGAUUAGAUAAUUUUAAUAUAAAAAUGUAAUAAAUUUUUGGAGAUUCCUGAGAGAGACGAAAUUAUCU